UUGGAGGAGCGCGAGAGAGACGCUCAUCCGCGUCCACGCAGAGCCGUAAUUGAGUGGAGGCUCACGUAUUCAGUCACUUUGCUCACGCUGAAUCGCGCGCAUACAUUUUGGGUGUUUUUUCGUCGUCGUUAAUUCGGCCGUGAAGGCGAGCGCGGAGGGAGACGUGCAAGCCACAGGUUGCCCCGUCUCGCCAUGGCUCCUCGUCUGCUAGCGACCACCGUGCCCGGCGGAGACGUCGACGUGGGCCCCGCGGACGGCUCGCCCGGGAUGGGGGAGCGCGCCGAGUGAAGCGCGCCGAACGAGGAGGGGAGGAGAGGGGGGCGUCGGAGCGUCGGGACGCCGGGCUCAAAGCUCGAGAAGCGGGUUGGCGGACCUGUGGAGGAAGCCUCAUGAACGGAGGCGAAAGGGGAGGAGAGAGACACAGACAGCGAGAGAGAGAGCGACAGCGACGAUGGCAUGGCUGUGACAACAUGAAAAAAAAAAAAAGUGGGGUGGUGUGUCUUCAUCCAGCCAAGUGAUCCAACACAACUGCUCUGGGGAAGUGGAAGAAACGAGACGAGAGGUACACGGUCACAGCUGUGACCAUGGAGCCUCCCCCCUCUCUGAGCCUGGCUCUCCUCGGAGGCGGCGAGGACGAAGACCAGCGUUUUCUCCUCCCCCUGGCGGGCAUCUCCCACCCGGGGCCCCCCGGCGGCCAAGGUCCGGGGUCCAAGCACUCCAACCACAUGGCGGCGUCCAGCCUCGGCCGCCUCAACGGCAGCAACCCGUCGCCGUCCCCCGCCGCUACGCCCUCGUCCCUGCCUAAGUUGUCGUCGGCGGGGCCGCCGCCCAUCCCCAACGCCCUUCACCCCACCACCACCCCGCUAUCCUCCUGCUUGGGAUCGCAGCACAGCCUGAGCGGGGACAGCUCUCCCAUCUACAACGCCCUCUUUUACUCCACCCACUCGCCCUCCAUGGAUCGCGAGAGGGACCGGGAGCGCGGGUGCAAGCACAGACAGGCCAGCCCCCUGGUCCACCGCAGGGACAGCAACCCAUUCACCGAGAUCGCCAUGAGCUCCUGCAAGUACACGGGCGGCGUCAUGAAGCCCCUGAGCCGUCUCAGCGCCUCCCGACGGAACCUCAUCGAAUCGGACAGCAGCAGCGAAACCAAAGAGGGCGGCGUUUCCGCUGUUGCCGGGGGUACGGCGGCCGGGGGUCACGACCGGCAACGGGAAACGCCACCUACCUCCUUGGUCACCCACUCCUCCGCGAGCCAACCGCCCCUCCAGAUCCCCCCUGAGAUUGUCAUUUCAUCCAAAGAGGACUGUCCGUACCCCAGGGCAGGAUAUGACAUCGGCGACACCACCUCCAACCAGAUGUCCAUCUACCACCAAAACCACUCGCUGGUGGAGAGUCGGCGGGCGCAACCAGGGAGGGGCGGCAGUCAGGGUGGCUCCGGGGCAGUGGGACCCGGGGCCAGGGCUGGCACCGCCAAGGCCACCAAACGAAAGAACCAAAACAUUGGCUACAAACUAGGCCAUCGCAGGGCGCUCUUCGAAAAGAGGAAGCGAUUGAGCGACUACGCCCUCAUCUUCGGGAUGUUCGGAAUUGUCGUCAUGGUGAUUGAGACAGAGCUGUCCUGGGGCGUCUAUACCAAGAGCUCCAUGUAUUCUCUGGCCCUGAAGUGUCUGAUCAGCCUCUCUACCGUCAUCCUGCUGGGCCUCAUCAUUGCCUAUCAUGCACGGGAGGUUCAGCUGUUUGUCAUCGAUAACGGGGCUGACGACUGGCGUAUCGCCAUGACGAUGGAGAGGGUUCUGCUCAUCGCUCUGGAGCUGCUGGUGUCGGCCGUGCACCCGGUGCCCGGUGACUUCAAGUUCCAGUGGCGGGCGCGGCUGGCCUUCUCGUACGCGCCGUCGCACGCCGAGGCCGAUCUGGACAUGGUGCUGAGUGUGCCCAUGUUCCUGCGCCUCUACCUCAUCGCCAGGGUCAUGCUCCUGCACAGCAAACUCUUCACCGAUGCCUCGUCCAGGAGUAUAGGUGCACUGAAUAAGGUGCAUUUUAACACGCGGUUUGUAAUGAAAACGCUCAUGACGAUCUGCCCUGGGACAGUGCUGCUGGUCUUCAGCAUCUCUCUAUGGAUCAUCGCCGCCUGGACUGUACGAGUGUGUGAGAGGUAUCACGAUGCACAGGACGUGACCAGCAACUUCCUGGGAGCCAUGUGGCUAAUCUCCAUCACUUUCCUGUCCAUUGGCUAUGGAGACAUGGUCCCUCAUACCUACUGUGGCAAAGGAGUAUGUCUUCUCACUGGAAUCAUGGGUGCCGGUUGCACGGCUCUGGUGGUUGCCGUGGUAGCCAGGAAGCUGGAGCUGACCAAGGCCGAAAAGCACGUACACAACUUCAUGAUGGACACGCAGCUCACCAAGAGGAUAAAGAACGCGGCGGCCAACGUGCUGAGGGAGACCUGGCUCAUCUACAAGCACACCAAGCUGAUGAAGAAGAUCGACCACUCCAGAGUUCGCAAACACCAGCGGAAGUUCCUGCAGGCGAUUCACCAAUUGCGCAGCGUGAAAAUGGAGCAGAGGAAACUCAGCGAUCAGGCCAACACGCUCGUGGACCUGUCGAAGAUGCAGAGCGUCAUGUACGAGCUCAUGUCGGAGCUCAACGACCGCAGCGAGGACCUGGAGCGCCAGAUGUUGUCCCUGGAGCAGCGGGUGGAGCAGCUGACGGCCGGCUUCAACGCCCUGCCGGCGCACCUGUCGGCCACCCUCAGCGCCCAGCACGCCGCGCUGGUCCACCUCCUCCGGGAGAGAGACUCCAGGGAUGCUCGGGAAGAAGGAGGAGGAGCUGCGGUCCCGCUUUCCCAUGCAGCUUCGCUAACUCCAGCCACUCCGGCUGCGGCCACGGCAGUUUCAACUCCAGCUGUUCCUCCUCCCGCCCCCCCGCUGGCCCCUCUAGAGGAGGGGGGCUUGGAAGCGAGUUCAAACGGCAACACCUCCACCUGCUGAGAGAGCCCAGGAGAGGACAAACCCAGACUCACCGAGAGAGAAGGGGAGCGCUGACAAAUGAGCGUCUCAAAUUGAUGAAGACAGGA